GAAAAAAGAAUGUGGUGGAGGUGAUGAGGUGUUGCAUAUGUCGAUUAAACAAACUUAAAAAAUGAAUCUUUUUUUGGGGGAGUUAAAGAUUGAAUCUUGUAAGGUGGCUGAUUUUUUUUUGUGGGCUACUAUUUGAAAUAAUCAGUGGGGUCUUUUUUUGUGUAUAUUUUUUCAGUUUGUUUGCAUCAGAACUAAAUAUGGGCUUUUGUCAAUGACAAACGAGGAUGUUUCUAUGUUCUUCGCGACCAUAACCUCUCCCUGCAGGUCUCUCUCUCUGUGAGAUGUGUAGUAAAAGAUUUAACCAGUGUGUAUAAUUGUUGAUCUUGUCUUCAACUAGGCAUAAAAAAGGAGCAUAAGAGGUUUGUAGGAUGCAAACCUUAUCCAUCGAAGAUUCUGAUCGAACCACCACUGCUGACUCGUUCCCAACGUUGUUCGCUACCCAUACACCUAUGUGGUUCUCCAACAAGCAGCCCGUCUCCAAGAGCGUAGAAACCACAAAAGACCGCAGUUUUUACCAUCUCAAGCUGUCCGAGCCACAGUGCCAAGACCAAGAUUCUUCCUCAACUCUGUCCACGGAUCAGUCUCAUCAUGAAGGGUCUACUUCAUCUGGAAGCGAUGUGCAGAUGCCAUCUCAGCUCGUUGCAACUUCUUGCGGAAACGUAGAGUAUUUCAGGCAUCAAGUUCAGAUGGAACACAAUCAAUCAUUGGAUUGGGCGGCUACACCUUAUUUUGGCAGAAUAGCAACUGCAUAUGAUCCGAAUUCUGUUAUUUAUCCUCACAUGAUGGGAGAAAGGGCCGUGCUGCCUCUGGAUCGUGAUCAAGGCGUUCCCAUGCUUGUCAACGUGAAACAGUACAAUGCCAUUCUCAGGCGCCGUCAAACCAGAGCUAAACUCAUGGCUCAGAACAAGGUGGCAAGGACAAGAAAGCCAUAUCUCCACGAGUCUCGCCACCACCAUGCUCUCAGGAGAGCACGGGGAUCCGGGGGGCGCUUCUUGAACACGAAGAAGUCCGGCCCCACUGCUCAAGAAUCCAAGAUCCAGCACCCCUGGGGCACAUCCACUGCCCCUGGCUCUGAUGGCUCGUGCAUAUUCAACAAAGACGAGUUCUUUCAACAGCCGCGCAUGGGGACAAAACUGCAUAUGAUGGCACUCAGAGACAUGCUACUGUGAACGCAAAUCCACAGCACAACCUGAUUGUGUGGUUAACCGGCAGUUCUUCCUUGGCUAUGCUUUUGUCUCAUACUUGUUUUUUUAGCUUUGCUAUGGAGCUUGCAAAUGAACUCAUCAGAUUUUGAAAAUAUGGUUUGCUUGAUUUAGUUGCAUAAGUUGAACAAUGUGUGUGGAAAUUAACUCCCAACUUUUUAGCAUUAGCUAAAUUAUUUAUA